UCCCGGAAAUUUUUCAGUAGCGGCAAGUGAAGCAAACAAGUUAAAGGUGUAGAAGAACAGGGUGUAUAAUUGCAAGCAAUGUACUGAAAUAUAGAUGUAACAAGAAGUUAAAAGACUGAAUCACGGAAGGAGCAACAAGCGAGAACAGACGCCUGUUGCCUAUUUGAAGACAUCGUUUGAACCGAACAGCUGCGUAGGCAUUUAAUGCUGGACAAAUAUCAAUAGUUGGUUAACCAACUACCUUUUAACUGUUCACUAGUCUUUAGCCAAUUUUUCUUACCGGCUCGCCAAUGCUUUUGCAUCAGUUCAUGAACGGAGGCCUGGAAGUGAUGCAUUCUACAGCAAUUCAAAAAGACACCACUUUUACAAAGAUUUUCGUUGGUGGUUUGCCCUACCACACUAACGAUGCAUCCUUGAGAAAGUAUUUCGAGGCCUUCGGCGAUAUCGACGAGGCGGUGGUGAUAACGGACAGACAGACGGGGAAAUCCAGAGGAUAUGGCUUUGUGACAAUGCUAGAUCAGGGAGCAGCAGAGAGGGCCUGUAAAGACCCCAACCCCAUCAUUGACGGACGCAAGGCCAACGUAAACCUGGCUUACAUAGGUGCCAAGCCCCGCGGUAUGCAGAUAGGUGAGCCGACCAGGGGCAUUUCCAUUGGAGUGCAGCCUAUUCACCCAGGGCUCAUCCAGAGGCAGUAUGGGUUGGCCCAGCAGUAUGUGUACCCCCAGGCCUACCUUCAGCCUAGCCUGGUGCUCCCUUCUCAGGUGUCCUCCUCCGUCAGCUCCCCCUACCUGGACUACAGUGCUGCUUACACCCAGUACGCCCAGGCCGCAUUCGAGCAUUACCCCUACGCUGCCUCCCCAGGGUUCCUGGGCUACGGCUACGCCCCCAGCCCUGCCACCGCCCCCUCCCAAGCCACUAUUCACCAGACCCUCCCCACAGGGGCAGGCCCAGCACCCGCCUUCCUGCAGUACGCCCCCCAGCAGCACGUUCAGCCAGACCGCAUGCAGUGAGGAGAGGCAGGAUGCAAGGAGUCCUAUAGGCCUGGGGUGUCACCCUGGACUGCCCAUGCCUCAGCCAGGGCUUUCAGGGAAUGGGCUGAAGGACUAUUGCAUGGUACCAUCAGGAUGAGCCCCCUCAUGGGUCUUGGGAGGGUUUUGAUGACCGGAUGGGAGGCUAGAAUUAAACGUGUGGUCACUGAGGGCUUCCAGAUGCAGACACUUGAUUUUUUUUUAUUAUUACUGUCUCUUUAUUGUAUCAGUGUUAGUAUCUUAUUAUCAAUGUAAUUAUUAUAUUUUGUUUCAACAAAAAACGCUACAUACUUGUAUUUGAAGAGAGCGAAGGGGGGGGGGGGGCUUACCUGGACAUUGACCCCUCAUCCCCCUCGUCUUUGCCAGGGCAUGGGUUAAGUGAAGGCACUGCUGCUUGGAUACAUAGUGGUUGGGCAUUGGGUGAGAGGCACAGUGCCAACUGUUUCCAUCCACACCAGAGGCGAGGACUCAGCUGUCUGAUACACCCCCGGUGUUACUGGUCCUACACCAUGAGUGGUCGUGGUUCUCUCUGAGCCUUUCAGAGGUCAUCAAGGACUAAAUGGAGAGCGGAGAUUCUGGGAUCCCCCCCUUCUCCGAGACUGUGAAAUUGUUAAAGUCAGGACUACAUUUCUUUUUUAUUAAAGAGGCCUUAACUCCUGUUUUUACAACACUUCCUUUUAACCCCUUAACUCAGAGCUAACAGGGAGAGUCCUUACUCAUUUUCACAUGGCCUGGGCUCUUCAUAUUUAUACCAGACACUCUUCUAGUCUAUUGGCACACUUUGUCUUGAUUAUUGGAGACCGAAGUAGAUCGUCAUAUGCAGGAAGUGGGAGGAGGGGUCAAAGAGCAUUGGGCGUUGACGUGCAAGGUAGCUGACAACGAUACCCACUACCUGUUUAUUUAGUCUAACUGUUCAUCUAAGAUUGUCAAAUGUUGAUCUCUCAAAGGACAUUCAUGUACAGUAUUUUUAAAUGUUUCCAUUAUCAAGUACAUUUAUUAUACUAUAUUUAUGUUUAGGUAUUUAUAGGAAAUUCUAAGUUAAUCAUUUUUUGUAACUUGGUCCAAAUAGUUGCAGCACUGAAGUCCUAUAACUUGGUAAGUGUAUGUGCAAAUCCACAAAUGUGUCUUUAUUCAUUUGAUGGACAUUCUCUUUUCCAUUUUUCCUGGGAACCCAUUGGGUUUUCCUGUAUGCACAACUCUAGAUGCUUUAGUUUCUCCGGCUGCUGGCUGGGAUCAGACUCUGUUACUUUCAGAAAGAUGUCAUUUCCAGUCCCUUCAAAGAAGCCAUACCAAAAAAAAAUUUAAAAUAAAGAAUUUGUAUUUAUAAA